UGCGUGAAAUUACAAUGGGGAAUCUAAUUUUAUUUUUUGUAGUGAUAACAGCAUGGAAUUUUACAGAAUCAGCACGGAUUUUAGGCGUUUUCCCAACACCUUCAAUUAGCCAUCAGGUUGUAUUUCGUCCAAUAAUGCAUGCUCUUGCAAAGCGGGGACAUGACGUAGUAGUAAUAACCCCAGACCCUGCUUUCCCAAAAGGAAAAACCCCGCCAAACCUCACAGAAAUUGACGUACACAAUGAAUCAUACAUUCACAUAGACAAACUGCUCUCAGUGCACAGAGGAAGAAAGAAUGAUUUUAUAGAACAAUUUACAAAAAUCCUAGAAGGUAUGCCAAUUAUAUUCGAAAGUCAGUUACAAGUACCUGAAGUGCAAAAGAUACUCAAAGAUGAAGCAGACUCUUUUGAUUUAGUGUUCAUAGAAUCUUGUGUAAGAGCGGCGUUAGCAAUAAGUCACGUGAUUAAAGCACCCGUCAUACAAAUAAGCUCAUUAGGAAUUUCUGCACCGCAGUAUGCUUUGGCUGGUGCUCCUAUACAGCCUUUUGUAUAUCCAACACCAAUUCAACAACGCAUUUAUAAUUUAACGUUACUUGAAAAACUUCAGGAACUUCUCUCGUUUCAAAAGAUAAUUAGACAUAUCUAUGCAACUGAUUAUUUGGACUAUAACGUGGCGAAAAAAUAUUUUGGAGAUAUUCCAAAGUUUGAAGAGCUGUUUACGAACACGAAAAUGCUAUUUAUUAAUGAGCAUCCACUGUGGGCUGAUAAUCGUCCGGUGCCACCAAAUAUUCUGUACAUUGGAGGAGUACAUGAAGUACCGGAAAAACCUCUGCCUAAUCCUCUAAAAACAUAUUUAGAUUCAUCGAAGAAUGGAGUCAUUUUUAUAAGUUUUGGAACUAACGUGCGGGCGAAUAUGCUUUCUCCUGAAAAAAUCAAGGUCAUGGUAGAUGUGCUAUCGAAGUUACAGUACGACGUUCUCUGGAAAUGGGAUAAUGAGACUUUAAUAAACAAAUCGGAAAACAUAGUAAUAUCCAAAUGGCUUCCGCAAUCGGACCUUCUUAGACAUCCUAAAGUGAAAUUGUUCAUCACCCAAGGAGGUUUGCAAUCCACCGAUGAGGCCAUAAAUGCUGCCGUACCACUCAUAGGUGUACCAAUGUUAGCCGACCAAUGGUACAAUGUUGAAAAGUAUGUUCGUCACAGAAUAGGGGUCCAAAUAGAUUUUGAGACUCUCACACAUGAAAUAUUUAAAAAUGCCAUAGAUAGUGUGAUAAAUGAUUCAAGUUACAAGGAAAACAUAAUUCGCCUUCGGUCAAUGAUGCGUGAUCAUCCCAUGAAGCCACUGGAUCAAGCUAUUUACUGGACAGAGCACAUUUUGAAACACGGCGGUGACCAUCUUCAGCCACCCAACUUUGGUGUAUAUGGAAUUUAUGAAUAUUACGAACUUCCAUUAGUUUUAACAAUUUCCUUUUGUUUGUUAACUUUUGUAUGUUUAUUUGUUUGGAUUUUUGUUAUCUUAUUGAGAUUCUUAAAAAAAUUAACUUUUGGUAAAGUAAAGACGAGUUAGAUUUAACUUUGAUAUAUUUAAUAUGAUAAUUAUAAAAAAAUAUCCUCAAUCAACUAAAUGUACCUACAUAUGAAAGUAACACUAAAACUGUAAUAUUUUCUGUUUCUAUAUAUUACAGUUUAAACAAACAAAAAUGCUGUUUUAUAAAAGAGAUUUAUUAUAUAAUUAAUCCAAAAUGUACUCACAACAAAAGCUUCGUAUUGAAAUUAAAAUAACUAACACAUACAUAGAUGAAGAUAAAUAGCGUCUUUUCCACAGACUUUCAAAAAAAUUAAAUGAACAUCUAUAAAAACAAAAUAGAUAAUUAAUAAUCUUAUGAUUUAAGAAAUGUAAUUUCUUUACAUAUAUUUUACGAAUAUUCCGUUAUUAUAGCGGUAUGUGACUAAAUAUAUGUUGAUUGAAU